GAUUUGCUAGGAAAAAUUGUUAUUGAAAUCUUCUUUACAAACAAUGCAUUUUGAUAGAGACACGUUAAUUGAAGGUCUGGUAUCAUCUGAUCCAUGAUGUCAGAUUUUUUGAUGAACAUUUUAAAAGACUAUUCAAUGUUUGUCUUAGUGUGAGAGUAUGGUAUGGCUGUUAUCGAAAAAUAAUGCUUUGAAGAACUGCGUAUUCAGGAACAUAUAAUUGGAUGCAAAAAGGCAUUUUAAAAUAUACUUUUGCUUUUAUCAUUUUUAAGAAAAUUUGUUUGUGUAAGGAAUUAUAAUAAGUGCGAACAAGGAAUAUGUGGAUAGUCAUGUUUUGGCAUCAAUGUGUUUUGGUCGAAUACGUAACCUUUUGAACCACGUGGUACAUAGAGUACAUAGUGACGUAGACAUUCAUUGGGUAUAAAGUGUAUACCGGUAUAAUACACGUGAUACAUAAGGUACAUUCUGUGUUCAGUUUAUUCUGCGGGCGUUUUGGCCUGAAAUCCUGAAUCCUAUCAAUAUAUUAGUUAAUUUGCUAGAUACUGCAUGUUUUUCUGUGAAAGUUAAACAUCUAGGAAGAUAUGUCGAAAUCAAGCAGGAAGUUAUUUGGAGUAAUUGUGUGCGACAGUCAAGCCAAGUGGGGUGGACCUGACGGUAUCGCAAAACGAAUCGAAAAUAUGCUUUCGAUAGAUAAUGCCGAAUGGAAAAGAUAUCGAGCAGAAUACGGCGAGUUCCCUUCAGAGGAAGAGUUGAAUACUUUUCAAGGAUUUUACAUCACUGGAAGCAAGCAUUCAGUCAAUGACGAAGCUCAAACGUGGAUUAAGAAAUUGGAGUUAUUUAUACAAAAAGCCCAUGCAUUGAAAAGGCCGAAAGUCUAUGGGUCAUGUUUUGGUCAUCAAGCGAUUGCGAAAGCCUUAGGUGGAAAAGUAGGAGCAAACCCCAGCAAACAGUUUAUUUGUUAUAACGAGGAAAUUGUGAUGUACGACGAAGAUCUCAAAUGUUCCAAAUUCUUGAACCACUUAAAAAAAAUCAGUGAUACUAAAAAAUUCCACAUGCUUCAAUCACAUGGAGAGUGUGUUGAAGAAUUACCGCCAAAUGCGAUCAACGUGGCCAGCUCAGCAUCGUGCAAACAUGAAAUCAUAUUAUUUAGCGAUAACAUCGUUGGAUGUCAGUCUCAUGCUGAUUUUAUUAAAGAUGACCUCUCUUCUAUUAUUUUGCCUUCGUUAUUAGAGAGCAAUACAAUAACUAAAGAUGAGUUUGACAAAGCAACUGAAUCCCUGAAGCGACCAGAUGCCGGUUCAGAUGUUGCACAUGCUAUUCAGGAAUUUUUGUGUUGUGAAACACAAAGUCAACUAUCAUGAGAUAUAUUUAUCUCCUCACAUCCAACAUUUAGGUUAAGGUGUGGUCAAGAAAAAUAGGCCGAUACUAAAUACGUGCGCUAUUGCUACAUUUUUUCAUUUAAAUGAAAUUUUCUGAACAUAGUAUAAACAGACUAUAAGAAAAACAAUUUAAGAAGAAUAACUCAAAGUUUUAUUAAGCAGCAGGUAUGUAAUACAUCCUGAUCGUUCUAAAAUGUAUUUGCUUAAAAUUA